UGGCCAUCGUCGGUCUCCCCUGUGGUUCUGUUAGGGCUGCUAAGGCUUUGCUUGGGAGGGGUUUAGCGAACGGUUUUAGUAUUUCCGACAACAGUGAAGGCAACACUUUUUUCUUUUAGGCGCGUAAUUUAACCUGAAUCUAAAUCUAAAUCGCCAUUAUUACCGUCAUACAACAAAACAAGACGCUGUAGGCCGAUGAGAAAUGACAACAAUCAAACGGGCUAUAGCGGAGGCGCUGGAGGACCUGAGUGAGAAUAACUUUCUUAAGUUUUGUCACCAUCUGAGAGACCGCAGGGAAGAGCCGCGGGUCAGGCGCAGAGCUGUGGAGGGUAAAAGUUUUCUCCAGAUCACAGAUCUCCUGGUCUCAACCUUCACGGAGCCCAAAGCUCUUCAAGUGACUCUGGAGCUACUGAAGCAGAUUAACGGCAACGAGGAGGCACGGAUACUGUAUUCAAAAACCAAAGGCUGUGUGGACAACGGUGACCCUACCUUCCCUAAGACAUGGAAAGGACAGUUGGAGACGAAGCCCUCACAGGACGCUCUGAAACAUGCGGCCGUCCAAUGGUCCUUACAAGCUGCUCAACAACAUGGAGGUCCUCCUGUGAAGAAGCCAGAAGAAAGGAAGGCUGCAGCGAGGGCCUGCGUUCUCUCUGAGGGCGGGGACCCUCGCAAUGAUAGGCUUGUUUUGAGCAGGUUUUUGAUUCAGUUUGGCAAGUACAAAGGUAAAACCUUCAAAUGGCUGUUGGAGAAUGAUGUGGGAUACACUGCCAUGUUGGUGGCUAAUCACCAGAAGGAGCGAGAGCACUCAAUGCGUCAGAACCCGCUGAUGGCCAACAAGGAUUCCUUGACUCAAUAUGCCAUGACUUUCCGCAAAGUUUCAAAAGAAGUCAGAUUUCAUCAUGAGUACGAGAAAGCCAAAGAGUUUGCCCUCCAGUCAGGUCAAGAAGGAAAGGCCCUUGUUGGCUUUGGUCUUCAUCGAUUGGAGAGACUGCAGGAUCUGUACGAGUCGAAGAUCCCAGAAAAAAUCAGCUACGUCAACUUCCUCCGGACCAUGAAGUCAACCUGCGACCCAGGGUCCAAAAUGGAGGUCGCUGUCAGGUACAUUCUGCAGCGUGACCAAGAGCAGGCUGCAGCUGCCACCAACAGGCCAACCACCAGCUUCGCCCCCCAAGCAGCCCCAAAGAGACCGACCAAAAGGAAACAGGUCCAAGCAAUCCCCCACCCCCCACCCCCCUUUCUUUUAUUAAAUAAAUUAAUAAAAGAAAAGGAGAAUAAGUCUGGCCUGACCCAUUCCGGUUCCACCCCAACGCCUCUAAAAUCACAAUUUUACUCAGGUACCUCCAAUUAAUUCCAUGAUCUGUGAGCAACUUUUGUCCUUCCUUCACACACAAAAUAUAUGAAAUCAAACUCCAGAUUGGUCAUGUCGCUGGUCUUCCUUCUUCACAUUUACACUUUCCCAUGCCCCUUCAGCAUUAUUCUUUACCUGUCCACCAGAUGCCCCCUGACUUUACUCCUUUCACUCCAGAUCCUGCCACUUCCAUCUGCCCUGCAAUCACCUCAUUCCCCUCACCUGAGCUUCUCCACCCAUCUCCCCACCUGCACCUCAUUCCCUCAUCAGCCACUCAUAUAUACAGUAUACCAGCCCAGAUCAAUUGUUCCUCUGCCAGAUCGUAAAGUUGCCAUGUGCUUCAUGCCUUUUCUUUCUAGCCUCUGUAACCUACAUUCUGAUAUCUGAAAUUAUUUACCUGGAAUUUGUUACCUGCCUGUUUUGUUUUUUUUAACCUUGCCUGAUCCUUUUGGACUUUGGAUUUUCUGCCUGCCCCUUUAGAUUUGUUUGCCUGUUUGGACUGCCUUUCCGGUUUUGACCCUUGCCUGCCUCAUGAUUCUGUGAGCGUAUGUACCCCUAUUUCUCCAUUAAAUCACUGAACUGA